AUGCCUCCCCAUAGGAACCCAAGGUUCUUUGCUACCCGCGAGGAUGGUACCAUGACCCCCCUGGUUCCCGUUGACGAGCUUCCAGCUCACAUCUCCAUUCGUGGUGUCGCUCGCACUUUGGAGGCAGGUGAUACUCAGGGUAUGACCAGCUGUGGUGUGGCCACCCGGCGUACUGAGCCUUGGGAUCUUGAAGGUCUCUCUACUGCACUCCCCUUUGUCAAGGGCCCAGAGGCUCUCGCCGAGUUGAAGGACUCCUUGACCCGCGUUGUGAAUGACGAGACCGUUACUGCCACUACGCGUCUGUCUGUCCAGGCCAUCUUGUACAAAGGUCUUGCUGAGGCUGAGAAUGUUCCCACUCCCUCCAGCACCAUAGUAAGCAACACCGUGAUGUCCCCUCUUGCCCCUGCUUUCCAGGCCAACAAUGGGCAGAUUGCCAGACCCAAUGGGGUUCACCCUAAGAAGAUAUACUGUUCUUACUGGAUCCGCCACGGCGAAUGUGACUACUCUCAGCAGGGUUGUCUUUACAAGCACGACAUGCCCACUCAACCCGAGCUGUUGGAGAAGUUAGGCCUGCGCGAUAUUCCCCGCUGGUUCCGCGAAAAGCAUGGCGUUGAGAGCCUCGUUCACCCUGUUCAACAAUACCGAACUACUUCCCGCCUUGCAAUCACCGAGCAGUCUCAGUCAUCUACUCCAGGAAUCCAGUUCCCUGGUACUCCUACCCCCGAGAUCAAGGGCCCGGCCCCGCAGCCUAAGCAGCGUUCUCCUUUUCACGGCCCCCCGAACGGCGGUGCUGCUCACCCCCGUGGACCCCGCAACACCUCAGGAUGGAAGAGCCGUCAGACCAAGGGAAAGAGCAUUCUCCCUGCCUCCGUUCUCCCUGAAACCAUUACGUCCUUUCAUUCCUCUAUCUACGAUAGUGCUUCGACAACUGAUAGCACUGGCUACACUGAAUUCCUCCAGAGGGGCGCACUCGCAAAUGCAAUGGUCCCUAUCAGCACCCAGGCUCAGUUUGUCAUGCCGACUCUUGCCAACCCCAACGCCAAUCUUAUGGACACUGGUAGCUCUUACCGCUCCCCAUCUGCGAAUGUCGAUAACCUGACUGUGUCCAAAGACCCUUUCGAGCAUGGAUUCCCAGAUGCCUCUAACCCCGUUGAUAAGACUCAUCUAAGGUCGAAGUCCCGCCCUAGUCACCAGCAGCACAAGCUGAAUCACUCCUCCGUCGAUGGUGGUGUCAAGCUUCCUACAGACCUGUACAUACAGAUGGGUUCAUUCUCUGCUCUAGCUGACUUGGAUGGAAACAAUGAAUCGGCUGCCGGUACCCAGGCUUCGUCCUUUAGCAACCAGGCUGUCCGUUCUGAUUCCAAGUCUCCCCUGAGUGACAUCGUCUCCGAAAGCGACCCUCUUGAAGAGAAUGACAUUCGCGAUGCCUGGGGCGCCGUUGGAACCCCAAUCAGCCCACCAACUGCCCGUGUUACUGCUCCUCUGCCUGCUUGUGCCGCUACUCGCUCCAUUGGCUCUCAGCCUGCUGGCCUUGUAGCCGAUUCUAAUCAGCACCAGCGCUCUGCCACUGUCAUCCGCAGUUUUCCUUCUUCCUAUUCCAACGUCUCCCACACCCACUGA